AAACCUCAGACAUGGAUGACCCUCCACAAAAUGGCUCCAUGCACACACUAACAUCCACCGCCCGACGACGGUGACCUCGGAUGAGAAGCUAAACCGGGAUUUACAACUUGAUUUGGAUACCACUUUGUACAUUUUCUGGGAUCGCGCCGAAGGAUGAUGGAAAAACUGAAAUCCGAGCAAUUUCCGCUGAGCCCGAGUGCGGAGGGCUGCGCUUCUCCCCCACGCGGGGAUGGAGACGCGCGCGGGAAACAGGAAGGCACGACGGCGGAGACAGGAGAGCAUCGCCUCCCCGAGGAGCUCAAUGGUGUUGCCAAGGAAACGGCUCACCACGCCACCGAGCUAAAAAAGGAGGUGGCGGUGAUCGAGCUGUCCAGGAGAGGAGGGAGCGCGGAUAUAAAAGGCAGGGAGCUCAAGGCAGAACUCAGCCAUAAGGUGCAGACCACCGAGCUGUGCAGACCCCCGAUUCCCUUGCCACUGCCUCCCAGAGACCCGCUGAGCGACACUCGAAUGGUGCAGUUGAGUCCGCCCGCUUUCCCUCUCCCGGCACGAGCGAUGCUCUACAGCAACAUGACGACGCCGCUCGCCACUAUUAACAGUGGUUUUGCUGGAGAUGCGGAACAGUAUGGGAUGUAUCCUAGCAAUCGAGUCAAGCGCAGACCUGCACCUUAUGAGGUUGAAAUCAACGAUGGUUCGCAGCCCAAAAUUGUGCGACGGAUUUUCACGAACAGUCGCGAGCGCUGGCGACAGCAGAAUGUGAACGGUGCCUUCGCAGAGCUGCGCAAGCUCAUCCCAACACACCCUCCUGACAAGAAACUCAGCAAGAACGAGAUCCUGCGUCUGGCCAUGAAGUACAUCAACUUUCUGGCUAAGCUCCUCAACGACCAGGACGACAUGGUCGGCGGUGAAGCUCCCGCCCGGGCCAAUCGGGACAGCAGAGAUGCAACUCUAGUGCGGGACGACCUCCUUCAGGAGAUGCUAAGCCCCAACUCCAGCUGCGGGAGUCUGCUGGAUGGGGAUGCCAGCCCAGAGAGCUUUACUGAGGACCAGGACUCAUCAGUGGAGUCCAGGCCCUCUGCAAGAGGACUACACCAUUCCAGCCUACCGCUGGACGGAAAUGCCCAGCGGUGACUGAUUGGAGACACUGACAGACUAAUUUCUCGGGCUGACAACUAGCGUAUGUUCAUGUUGUGUGCAAGCAUAUUCUUACGUAAGACUUUCUGUUAACGCCCUCCGUGGAGAAACACUGGUACGGAGGAAGACCACCAGGUAGAUUUUUAAUCCACACUCCACAGGAUCGCCACCUGAAAACGAAAACAAGCAGAGUGAAUGGUACCCACGCCUCAUCAGGUACACUGACGGUAUGGAGGUCAGCCGGACUUUAGCGACAAAAAUGAGCAUUUGAAGCAAGAAAGUCCAAAAAAAGGAGUAGUUCACAGCAAAAUGCCAUCAUUUAAGCAUCUUCAUGUCACUCUAAACCACAGGUGUCAAAGCCAGUUCAUAGAGGGUCACAGCUCGGCACAGUUUAGUUCCAACUUUGCUUCAACACACUUACCUGUAGGUUUCAAACAAGCCUGAAAGACUCAAUUAGUUUGAUCACGUGUGUUUAAUUAAGGUUGAAACUAAACUGUGCAGAGCUGCGGCCCUCCAGGAACUGGCUUUGACUGUGAAACCAAUGCAAUCCUAUGGGAAUUCGUAACUUUUUUAUAUAGUGUCUAAUUCAUAUUCAUUUGUGCAGUCUCGUUCCUACAUUUUAGUAUGAUUUGCUCAUCCUCCAAUGAGGAGCAGGGCUAAAGUUGGGGUUAGGGAGCACAUUUUUUUUAAAUUUGUAUGUUUCCAUACAAAUACAAUGCGUAAAAUAGUUAAAUUUCCUUGUGAGAUAGGGCUGCUGAAUCCCAAAAGACACAUAAUUGAAAACCCAUACAAUGGAAGUUUAAUAGAGGUAUAACUCUUGGGAUUUCAUUGACUGGGCAUUUUCGUAGAAGGUAGAAAAUCGUACAUCUGAAGUGACAUGACUGUGAAUAAAUGAUGGCGCAGCUCAACGUCUUUAAGACAAAUUUGUACAUACUGGAAAUUCAAGUGGGUAAUGACCUUUAAGUAUUCUUGGCGGCAUCUGGGGAGAAAAGUAUGGCCAUUUUGUAAAUGGUUUUUUCAGUAUUAUGUUUGGAUUACAAGUUUGGAUGGUGGAGGAGGUACAGGAACGUGUACAUAAACCAGGAUAAUGUUGUGCGUCUAUAACGAUGACCCUUUAGACUGUUCUUUUGCAUUGUGAUCAUGGUACACCAUUAAUUCGCAUCUCCAUUUUCCUAUCACUCAUUCGUUAGUUUCUUUGCCCCCUCCAAGCCAAGCAUCCCGCAACGACGAAUCCAUUGAGUAAAUGUUCUGUCACUUUAUUUGACUCGUAUGAACUUGAUCUGCUUUUUAGCAGAGGAUUGAGUAACCAGUCUUGGUACCUUUAAGUCUUUUAUUGGGUAUUAAAUGCGCAAACAAACAAACAAACAUGGUUAUUUUAAUGUGAUAUCUAGUAGAAAGACCUUUGUUGUAAGGUGAAACUCUAUCUAUGAAUAUAUGCAAUGUUAUAUCUCACAAAUUUUAUAUGAAAAGCCCACAAAAAUAAAAAAAAACACAAAGCCAA